CCUCGGCUUCUACCUAGCCCGUCUUUCUGUCGUCUCCGGCGUACUCACCCGCUAAACCCGGCGGAUAAGACAGAGGGGAAGAAGGCGUAUUCUGGCGUGGCCAAUGGGAAUGGAGUUAACCUGGUCCUCCGCCUCUGCGUGCCGGUGUUUUGCUUCUCGAACCUUCUCCCGGCCGCUCUCCGUCGUCUCAUGUUCACCUCUUCGGCGGCGUUUGUCUUGUCCUACAUCUCAGUCCCUUGGUUUGUUCUUUCGAAAAAUGAGGUUGCAACCAUACCCUCUUCAAGCUCUUGUUGCCGGUACUGGUGAACUAAUAAGUGACUCUAAUCAAGGACACAUAUCUUGUACAGAAGACCCUACACCUAUCACUGCUGGCUAUAAAGCUGAUGCAAAAGAGGAAUAUGCGGAAGGGGGCUCUGUUGAGAGUGUGAAUAAUAAGAUCCGAGUCUGUGACAAGUUAAUUGAGGUCUUCCUGGUAGAUAAGCCGACUCCAACUGAUUGGAAGAGAUUAAUAGCGUUUAGCAGGGAGUGGAGCAAUAUCAGACCUCACUUUUUUGAGCGUUGUCAGGAUCGAGCGGAGAAAGAAGGUGAUUUUCAGAUGAAACAUAAGCUACUUCGGCUUGGGAGGAAGCUGAAGGAGAUUGAUAGCGAUGUUCAAAGGCAUAAUGAACUUCUCGAGGCCAUAAGAGAUUCUCCUUCUGAGAUUAGUGAGAUUGUUGCUCGGCGUCGUAAAGAUUUUACUGAAGAAUUCUUCUUCCAUGUUAACAUCGUGGCAGAAUCAUAUUAUGACAAUCCAGAAGAACAAAAUGCUGUUGCAAAGCUGGGUAAUGAUUGUUUGGCUGCUGUACAAGCCUAUGAUGCUGCAACUGAAAGUAUAAAGUCAUUGAACGCUGCAGAGCUGAAACUGAAAGAUAUAAUCAAUUCACCGUCUGUGGAUGCUGCUUACAGGAAAAUAGAUGACCUGGCCAAUAAGAAUCAACUUGACCCCGCUUUGGCCCUCCUGAUUACCAAAGCUUGGUCAGCUGCUAAGGAGUCGGACAUGACUAAAACUGAGGCAAAAGACAUUAUGUACCAUUUAUAUAAGGCAGCAGUAGGAAGCAUGCAAAAGCUUAUGCCAAAAGAGAUUAGAAUACUUAAGUAUCUGCUUUCAAUUAAAGAUCCAGAGGAACAUAUUUGUGCUUUAAAAGAUGCUUUCACACCAGGGGAGGAACUUGAAGGAAAUGAUGUUGACUUCCUAUAUACGUAUGUCUUCAACUCUUCUCUUAUUUCAACUCCCUCCAUCCCAUACUUUUUGUCUUGUUUCCUUUUUGUGACCCCAGAGCAGCUGUGCAACUGGAUAAAGAUCAUAUCAGACGCAUAUCACUUCAGCAGAGAAGGGACUCUCUUAAGAGAGGCCAGAGAUUUACUGAACCCCAAAACCAUCCAAAAACUGGAAGAGUUGAAGAAGUUGAUUCAGGACAAGUUCAUGUAGACAACAAACAAACUAUGCAACUUUUGACAAAGUGUCAAAUCAUGGUGUUGCCUAAUCCCCUAGCAGGUAUUAUGAAUUCAUAAAAGCUCCAAUCCAUGCAUACAAUUUGUGAAUGCAUGACUAGGAAUUUGCUCGUUACAAAAUUUGCUCGUUACAAAAUUUUAUAGCGGAUGGAAUUUCCUAAUAUCAUACGGAGUAUUAUACAUGAACACGACUAAAUGUGUAUUGUUGGAUCUGUGUGACAGGUGCUAGUGAGCUAGAUAUCAGGUCUUCUGUUUUCUUUCUUCUAAACAAAAACUGCUGAGUUGGUAAUUUAAUGCAUGCAAUGUAACUGAAGCUCAGCAUCUUUAACAAUCUUCUCUCCUAUCUUUGUUUCAUCCCUAAAAACAGGUCUAAUAAAAAUGGGUGGAAUUU